AGUUGCAAAAAAAUAUUCGAACGAUUAGCACGAGAAAGAUUUUUUCGCUGUUUUUGGCUUUAUUUUUGUUUUUCUCUGUGGUAGAUCCAUAAGCACAUCUUCUUGUGUUACUCCAUAAUUUAUGAUUAAAGUGGAAGGAAGACUAUCGGGUGGAAGAAGAAGUGAAUAAUUUAUGACAUCGAUAAAUGUCGAAUUAAUUUGAAAUCUGCAACGAAUCUCAAUCAUUUUAAUUAAAAGUAAAGAAAGAAUUGUGUAGAAAAUUUCUUUUUUAAAAAGAUCAUUUUCGCGCGGAAGAAACAACUUGAGAACUCACGACUUUACGAGUGGAUAAACUCUUCAACACAACACAUAACGAACCGUUCAGUUAUCAAUUCAGCCUCCCACACAAGUAAAUAUUAAUCAUGACUCAGAACAUUAUCCUGAUGACAAUCACUUUGAUUGCUGCAGUUAGUUUUGUAAAUACUCAAACUUCAGAUGAUUUACAACCGCACAAUCAUCCACUUGAAAAACAGUUUCCUUCACUUACGAGAGCUCGUCGUAUGUACGCUCUCUGCCCACCGCAGUUCCAGAAAAUUGGCAACGAUUGUUACUACAUUUCAAUUAGAAAAGAAAGCUGGCUUGACGCACAUUUCGAAUGUAAAGAUCGUAACAGCAAGCUUGCUGAGCCUUUGAAAUUUGCUGAUCGACGUUUGCGGAAGUUCUUAAAAAAUAAAGAUCGAGUUCGAGAAGAUAAAUGGAUCGGAGGAAUGUACAAUUGGCAGCAAAAUAAAUGGCAAUGGGGCUAUAAUGGUGGUGAAAUGAAACACAAUUCAUUUGCUGAUAAAGAAGCAAAAUCUGAUUUGCGGUAUCAUUGUACGACUAUGGAUCCAGCAACUGAAUACAAAUGGUCAGCAAAACUGUGUACAGAACGACAUUAUUAUAUCUGUCAGCACCGUAUGUCGUAUGUGAACGAUAAGAAUCGUCAAAGAGUUUAUACAAAAUGGAAUGAAACAUAUCCAAAUCAAUUAGCCAACGAAGUGGAAGUGUAUGUGUCUACAAACGCUAACAGAAAUCGAAGCGUUUAUCGUAAUGUUCCAAAGAGAAAUCGCAUAAACAAGGAAAAGUCCAUUCAGUUGUACAAUCAAUUACCGAAAGCAGAAAAUUCCGAUAACGUUCCGGAUUAUUUACCAUACAGCGCUUACAACAACAUAGAACAAUUGAAACAGAAAGUACAAGAGGACACAAUUCAUCCAUUACAUGCUUCAAAUCCACGUCAGCCACCAGUGAAACCGCGAAAGCGUCAUUCACGACCUUUGCAAUUAACUGGCGAAGUUAAUUUGGGAUUCAAAUCUAGAAAUCGUGAAAAAAAACUUCAGAAGAGUGUAAAACCAGUUGAAGUUGUUACGAAUGCUGGAAGACAUCAUCAUCAUCCUAAUGACAUCCUACAAGAUCCAACAACGACUAUGGAAGUGCUAACAGAUCAACCACAAAUUAUUGAAGUCACAACUCAACCUCCAAUUGUUGAACGAACAACAAAAUCUGAAGCCAAACGUAAGCUUCAAGAAAAAGCAGAAAGACGUGAAAGACUCAGACAGAAAUUAAAGGCGUUGUCUCCAGAAGAACGACAAGCUUUUCUUCUUAUGAAGCAACAGCGUGCAGAUGCAAAGAAAAAAGGUUUAAACUAUCAUUAAAUUUUAGAAGUUAAAAGUCAAAAACCCCAAAACCUCCUUUCAAAAGCUUCUUUCUAUUUUUUAAACUAAUCCUAUUUUGUCUUAAAUCUUAUAAGACUAAUAACGAACAAAAGUUUCAAACGCAAUCCAAAUGCCAAAAGAGUCUUUACCUCUUUAAAAGUAAAUGAAAAAAAAUGUAAGAAAAGUCCAAAAGAAAAAUAACGUCAAGAGUAAUUUCAUCGUCUUCAAAAUUCUUGCAAAGAUAUCUUAAAAACUCAACAUUUAAGCAUAAAGAAGAAGAUCCAAAGUUUGCUCUCACUUUUAAAAUGUAAAUUUUAAAAUCGUUUCAACUUAAUUCUUUAUUUUAAUUAGAUUGACAAAUCACUUAAUAAAGAAAAAGAUUUAAUCACUUAAGUAACGUUGGAUACAUGGGACGAGUGUAAGUUGUGUCAAAAUGAGAAUUUAUUUGCAAUGUUUGUUGUUAUUCCUGUCUUGACUCAACUUAUGUUCGACUCUAAUUGUCAUUUUUUAAAGAAAUCUUUUAAAUAAAUUAUUUCAAUGACAUAUUCGAUCUUGUUCGUAACAGCGGCACGUUCAUUCAAUAUUCGCUUCGCAUCUCUUUCCGGUCGCCAAUCAUCAUAAGAGAGACAAGAAAAGUCGUUGAAGAAGAAAAUGAAGUGAUUGCAAAGUCAUUGAUUAAAAACCUGUUUAAUAAAUAAAUGAAUGCAACGUAAAGAAUAAAAUUUGAAUGUCUUAUUCAGUUCAC